AUGUCCCGAAAACGAAUAGACCCGUACCACUCGUCCGUACACGGUGAGGACGUCGACAAGGCCAACCUGGCAUACUACGCUCCGCUCAAAAGCAGAAACCUGGUGACUCUGCCUCAACAACCUAGCCGAAUGGGACUGGGUCUUUUCCGCCGUAAAAAAGAGCCUCUAGACGAGGAGCUGGACGCUAACUCCGUUAUAUCCGCCACCCUGGGCGGCUCCAAUCCGUCCAAACGCCACGGCUCCAUGGCCAGUUUUGGUCUGUCCAAUUCUCAAGGACACAGCACGCUGAAUAUCGUUCCAGGACCCCUGGUAACGAGUUCUAGCCACUCCCGCUCGGGCUCCAUCUACCUGUUCAACACGUCAGCAAAUCCGUAUGACCACGUCACGGAACGCCUGGCUCGCCAGGAAAAGACGGCCCCUACUCCCCAGCCGACACAACAACCGACGCUGAGGGCGCCUCUGUUUGCUCUUUCUCGAAAAGCCACGGGGCUGUCGCUCUUCUCCCGGCCGUCGCUCAGCACAAGCACUACAAACGACGAGGCGCCUACGGACCUGCUCCGAAAGCCCCAGAACCCGGUCGAGAUUGAGCGCAUGUUCAGGGACUUGAUGGAGAAACGAGACUUUCGCUCGCUCCCACAGCUGGCCCGGCAGGAGAUGCUCAAUUACUCCGUUGACAAGAAGUGGAUGCUUGUGCAGCAGGACGCCUUGCACGAGCACAGCAAGCUGGCGCUGAAACUGAAGGCCCUGCCCGAGUACUACACACGGAAGCUCAUUGCCAAGACGAUCUCCCUGGACGAGCUCGAGAACUUGUGGGUUUCGCUUCGAACGGAGCCUAUAGACUGGGUUCGUGAGUUUAUCUACGACUUCCAGGGCGAUGUGGCCCUCUCGCUGUACCUCAUCAAGACCCACGACCAGAUGGGCGGCAUGGACAUUGACGACAUCCAGGACGAUAUCUUCACCAGGGAGUUCAACACCCUCAAGUGUCUCAAGUGCAUGAUGAACCAGAAAUUGGGCGCCGAAAGAGCAAAAACAGACGACCUGCUCUACAUCAACGCCAUCACCGGCUCCCUCUUAUCCCCUCGCAUUGCUACUCGACGUAUCGCCGCCGAGUCUCUCACAUUCAUGAUCGUCUACUACUGCCGUGUUGGCGGCGAUCACAACAAAUACCACAAGGUGCUCCGCUCGCUCGAUGGCCUUCAACUGAAGCCUUACUACGAGUUCGUUGCCGCUGCCAAUGCAUCCACCAAGAAAACCUUACAGCGAAAGCCUCCUCCAGACGAGAAUACCCAUCGCUUCGAGCUCUGGCUCCGUCUUGUCGAUAGAACUAUCGAAGGCCGUGGCAAGUACAAGAACUCGUUGGUCGGAGCUAGCGAGGAACUCAAAUACCAAUUUGCCGUCAACGGCUCCACCGUGGGCGGCCCAUCGCAUGUCGAAAACCAGCUUAUGGAGUACUGUUUGGGCACUAUGCUUCUCAUUAACACCAUCGUCGAAUAUGGCUUGGACUUCCGUGUGAGGAUCCACCUUCGAACCCAGUUCACAGCAGCAGGGAUCGACCAGCUUUUGGGUAAAUUCCUGGAUCUUGGCUAUGACAGUUUGGUGAAGCAGGUCCAGAAGUACAGAGAGAUGGCAGAAGCUGACGAGAUGGAACUCAAGACGAAGCAACAGAUUGACGAGGAUCUUGAUUUCAACAAUCCCGUCGACUUGGUCCGCUCUCUUUGGACGAAUGUCCAGAACAGCGAGGCUCAAGGGCAUUUCUUGAGCGCCAUGCAGCAUAUUUAUCUUAAUCAAACCGAAAAGAAGGACGACUCAGAGGAGGUGACUCGAAGCUUGCGUCUUCUUGAUGGUCUUAUCCAAAACGUUACUGGUGCGCAUACGUCAAACGACGACUCUGCUGUGGGAAUCGCUAUCAACCGCUUGUACGCUGGCUUGAGUACAGAUGAUAUGUACCGCAAAGCUAUUAAUGAGGUUAAGUUGUACAAGAAAAUUGCCGAAGAAGCCACAGCAGAGAGAGACGAGAUGUCAAAGCAGCUCUCCAUUGGAUCGGAAGGUCUCAUCACUAACAUGUCGAAUGACCUUAAGGAGCAAGAGCUCGUGCUCAGGCGAACCCGUCGUAUGAACGAGGAGCUCGAGGAAGAAUUGGAAGACUUGAAGCGUAAACAUUUACGUGAGAAGCAAGAGCAGGAGGUUGAAAUGCGUGAGCUACUCAUUAUGCUCAACAGUGCUCAAAUUGACUCGAAGAAGGACAAGGGCAAGACAACUGUGCUGGUUCAAACUAGCAACGAGAAGCUCAUCAAGAAGUUACAGAAACAGAUCUCAAGGAAGAAGAACGAGUUCAGAAUGGACAACAAGCAGCUUGGAACCCUGGUGGAACCAAGCUCUCGUUUGCGUGCCUUGAGAGAGCAGAUGGCUGACAUUGAGAACCUAGCAAGAGAGUUGGAAAUGACCGAUUUCGAAACAUACUCCUUGCCAAAGGAAGAGCCUGCCGAGCCUGAACCACAGCCAGUACUUGAGCCAGAGCCUGCAACGCCAGAGCCUGAGGUGCUCCCACCUGUUCCCCAAGGCCCUAAGCGUUCCGUCCGUGAGGACGAUCUUGAGAAGUUGGAGAAGCUUAGGAAGAAACUUGCAUCUUUGCAAAGUGAGUCGAAUGAUAUCAUGAAGUUCAACAACAAAUCCUUGUUCUCCAAACAGAAGUUUCUCGCUAUGGAACGUUUGCGUGAGCUUGAAACGAACUUUGCCGAUUUCAACAUUGAUUUUGACAUAAGUGAAGAUGAGGCUGCGCUUCUUGGUAUGAUGGAUGCUAGUGUCAAGUCCAAGAUCCAGGAAGAGCUCGAUCUGGUCAAGAAGCUCAAUACGGAUCUUCGUUCCCAACUUGCUGCAAUCAAUGACAUCAAGCUGCCAUCCAAGGCUUCCUCUGCUAGUCCUUCCUCCGAUACACUUCUGAAGAUCGAGGCCAAGUACGCCCAGGGCAAGGUUGUUGUUGACGGUGCUGACCGCGCUGUCAAGGGCACAAACUCACCUGCGAAGGACUAUAAGGCGAACAGAAAGUCCACCAUCAGCAGCCUUGAUCCUAAGUUCUUGAACGAGUUGAGCUCCAAAGUCAAGCAGGCUGAAGCUAUCAGCUCUGCCCCAGCUUCGGAUGAAGAGAAGUUCGAGGACUCUGUCGACAAAGAGCAAGCUCCAUCAGAGGCACCCAAAGCUACUGGUGCACCACCUCCACCACCACCUCCACCUCCGCCUCUUCCACCAGUUCUUGGAGGAGCUCCACCUCCACCUCCACCACCUUUGCCUCCAAGCUUGAAUGGUGGAGCACCACCCCCACCUCCACCUCCUCCACCUCUUGGAGCCCCACCAUUGCCAUCUGGAUCAACAAGAAGCGCAUCACCAUCUCCUGCUCCACAAACUGCUCACCCAUUCGAUAUGUAUCCAAGACCAAAGAAGAAGUUGAAGCAAUUGCAUUGGGAGAAAUUCGAAAAUGGCGAGAACAACGCCAACUCGUUCUGGCAUGAUUCUCAACUGCAAAACAUUGCUUCUGAAUUGAUGGACAAGGGUGUAUUGGACGAGAUUGAGACAAUUUUCGCCGCUAAGGAAAUCAAGAAGUUGGCGACGAAGAAGAAGGAGGAUGUCGACAAAGUCACAUUCUUGGCCCGUGACAUUGCUCAGCAGUUCGGUAUCAAUUUGCAUUCAUUCAAUAAUUUGUCUGACGAAGAGGUUGUCGACAAGAUCUUGAGAUGUGACAAGGAAACAUUGACAAACCCUGCAAUUUUGGAAUUCCUUGGUAAGGACGAAAUCACCGAGGUUUCUAAUAGUUUGGCACGUAACCUCGAGCCUUAUCUGACCGACUACACGUCUGAUGAGAUCUCUAAGCCGGAGAAGGACCCAAGCGAAUUGCAGAGACCAGACAGACUUUACCUUGAGUUGAUCUACAACUUACAGCAUUACUGGAAGUCAAGAGUCAGAUCCUUGAAGACAAUUGCCAAUUACGAAAAGGAUUAUGAAGACUUGGUCACCAAGCUCAGGUCUCUCGAUGAAGCAGUCGAGAAGAUCAAGCACUCCAAGGAAUUGAGAAGUGUUUUUGACAUCAUCUUGGCUGUGGGUAACUACAUGAAUGACACCUCUAAGCAAGCAAAGGGUUUCAAAUUGAGCUCUUUGCAGCGUUUGGGUUUCGUGAAGGAUGAGAAGAAUAGCAUGUCCUUCUUGCACUACGUCGAGAAGACCGUGAGAACGCUCUAUCCUGAGCUCAUGACAUUCAUGGAGGACCUUGCCCUUUGUGUGCCAGUUGCAAAGUUUUCCAUCGAGAACAUCUCAAGUGAUUGCAGAGAAUACGGGCAGGCCAUCAAGAAUGUUCAGAGUUCCAUUGACAUUGGUAACUUGAGUGACGUUUCCAAGUUCCAUCCUAAGGACCGUGUCCUCAAGGUUGUUACGCCAUCGUUGGCAAGAGCCAAGAAGAAGGCAGACUUGUUGCAAGACCAGGCCAACUACACGCUCAAGGAGUUUGAGACUUUGAUGAAGUAUUUCGGCGAGGACCCCAACGACAGUUUUGUAAGGAACUCGUUCUUCAGUAAGUUCACAAGUUUCUUAUCUGAGUUCAAGAAGGCUCAACGUGAAAACUUGCAGCGUGAGGAGGAAUUGAGAAUCUACGAGCAGAGAAAGAAGCUCUUGGAGAAUACCACAAAGCAGUCGAAGGCCAAGAAGGAGAGCGGAUCUGAGGACGAGGAUGAGAACGUCAUGGACUCGCUUCUUGAGAAACUUAAGGCUGCUGGUCCUCAAAAGGGAGAACCAUCGUCUGCUCGUAAGAGAGCACUCAUGAAGAAGCACUUGAUGGAGAACUUGAAGAAGCUGGGCGGCGAAUCAGAAUCCAGAGAAAGUUCACCUAGCCGUGGUGGCUCCACUACAGACUUGUCCAGUGUCGAAGAGCCCGAAAAUGGCACUGCUUCUGGUGACAAGGAUGUGGGAUCAAGAGCUAGGAAUUUGCUUCAAGAAUUGAGAAAGGCCGAAAGUGGUGAAAAGACCAGCAGUGCCGCAGCAUACAGACAACAAAGACAGCGUCGUCGACAAUUACUGACGGUUGGCGAGGUUGACGUUUCCGUGGAUUCGUCCACUAAACUGAGUCCCGAACCACCGAAGGAAGAAGACAAGGGCGAAAGCAAAGAAGAGACCUGA